UAUAUAUAUAUAUAUAAUAAUAUAUAAGAGAAUAGAUGUCUGUUUACGUUAUGUUUGGUAAAAGGUCUCAUAAUAAAAUUUGGGCUCAAAUCGUGUUGAUGGGUAAAGUUCAAUUCAUUGUUGGGUUUGGUGCUUUCUAAGGUACUAACAUUUGGGCUCAAAUCGAAGUGGGCCGUUCUAGCAAGCCCCCUUUGUAAGUAGGUUCUGUAUUUGCUUCGGAAAGUCGUUCGGUCGUUCCGAGCCUAUAUUCUCAUCUCUUUUUCCGUCUCAUUUCAAUAUUUCAAUUUUCCCAAGUCCCAUAUACGAGUGUAGAGAUAGAAAGCUGGUCCAACUUUUUGGAGAGAGAAAGAGAGCUUCGAGAACCGAUAUUGAUGUCGAAGGCGGAAGGUUUGCUGAUUCUUGAUACGAUGAAUGCCGCAGCACGCGGUGAGAAAGCAGCUGGACAUUACCCACCAAAUACGGCCAGGCGAAAGCUGGCUGACAUUAGCAACAUACCACAGAAACCGAAUCCAUCAGUUCAAGAUGAUAGGUCGAAAUCAAUUCCAAUAGCUACAAAAGCAUAUAUUGAACAGCUCCAGAAGGAAAAUGUGGCUUUAGCGAAAAUGCUGGCGCACAGAAAUGAGUUCCUUCACCUUGUUUUGCCAAGCAAAAUCAUUGAACGGAGUGGAAUUGAGCUUGAGAGAUUAAGGUUAAAUCUGAUUGAAGUGCAGGAAAAGAAUCAGCAGCUAGCCCUGUCACAUACCCAAAUGCUGGGGGAGCUAAAUUUAGGCAAAGAUCGGUUGAAAACAUUACAACAUGAGCUUGGAUGCAAAAAUGGACUGCUGAAUGCAAAAAAACUGGAAGGGGGAAAAGCCUAUAAGGUGAAUUUGAUCAAGUUACCAGAGGAAGCGGAGACUGCUACUAUAGGCCAGGAUGAUGAAAAGCCUUGUAAUACCAAAAGAAGAUCGCGGCUGCAGAGUUUCGGCAAACAAUUGCAUUCAGAGGAGAAUGAUGGAAAUAGAAGGUCUUUUGUGAGGAGACAAUCGGCCAGGUUUAAGGCUGUCGAAUCAAAAUCUGCAGAGGAUUCGUCAGAAAGAGACGACUCUAAAUCUUCCAAUUGUCCGUUGCCUCAAGAAUCACUCAUAGAAAGUGGAUCAAAUUCUGGAAGCACAUCGGUUGAAGAAGACGAUAUUCCUGUCAAGGUGGAUUUGACCAAGUUGCCAGAGGAAGAAGAAACUUCAACUGUAGGUAGAGAUGCGGAAAAGCAUCGCAAUACAAAAAGAUUAAGAUCACAGAGUUUCGGCUCUUCCGAGUCAUUGCAAUCUGAGAAUGCCCCAAAUAGAAGGCUCUCAGUGAGGAGACAAUCUGCCAGGUUUAACGUCUCGGAACUAAAACCUACUGAGGAUGAACCAGAAAAUGACAAUAUCAGAUUUCUCGAACGUGCCUUGCCUGAUGAAAAAGCUGUCCUGGAAAAUGGAUCAAAUUCUGGAAGUGGAUUGGCUACAGAUGAUGAUAAUAGAGGAAGUUCUGGUUUUGAGUAUAAACCUCCUGAAAUCGGGAGAUCAUCUCUAAGCAGGCCAUCUCGUUCAGCUGCCAAAAAAGUUCAGUCAUACAAAGAAAGACCUAUAAAUGUCAAAAUGCGUAGACCCGAGUGAAUGUUUUUUCAGACACCUUGUAGUUUUAGAUUAGUAAGCUAAUAGUAAUAAUAGUAGCAUGUGCUGUGAACUGUCACCCUUUGAGGUUUGUGUUUUGUUUAGGAUUUAAAUGCCUUUUGUUGUUACCUUUAUUCAUUUUAUGGAUGUAAUAACAUGCUGUAUGUUGGUAACCUAGCAUAACAUUUAAAAUGAUGCCCAUUUUGCUACAAUAUCUGACAGAGUGGUUCGACUUUUAUGACUAUGUAUAAUGUAUGUAUGUAAACGAGCCAAACCCACUGGAG